AAACACCCAGAGAAGAAGAUACUCCACGGUGCAGAGAGAGGGAGAGGGAGAACGGGCGUGUACCUGUGUGGGGGAGGGCUGGGGGUAGGGAUCCUCCUCCUAGUGAACGAGCAUGUCGCCGAGGGAGUGGAUCCACGAUGUUGGCAAUGGUCCCUUCAUCGGGGUCAUGAUAUUCAUCGUGAUGAUCACGGUUGGAUCCGUGCUCUUUGCCAAGUGCUGUGUUGGGGAUCGGGCGUUUAUGCGCACUGGGUAUGACUUUGAAGGCUAUGUGAUGCGUAAGUGCCCCGUUUGUGUCGGCCUUCCCAAGCCAACACAUCCCCGUGUAAAGGAGGUAGAUCCUCUUCAGAUGACUGAGAUUACAGUGGAAGAGGCGAGGACAUCAGAGCCCCCUGCUCCUCCUCCUGCUACUGCUGCACCUCCUCCUCCUCCUGCUGCUGCUACACCUGCUCCUCCUCCUGCUACAUCUGCUCCUCCUCCUGCUGCUGCUGCUACACCUGCUCCUCCUCCUACUGUAACUGGAGCAGUACCGGUAGCUACCAAGGAGGAUGAGGAAGAUGAGAUCAACGAGGAUGAGGAGGAGGAUGAUGAGGAGGAGGAGUUUGAUUUUGAUGCAUAUGAGGAAGCGGAAGCUCUAGGCCGUCUAUGAGCUAGGUUUGCAAAAUUUUUGGGGUUCCUUGAAACUAGUCUUCAUGUAUUUUUUAAUAUAUCUUUUUGGAAGGCAUUCAAGGGUCAACAAAUUUGAUCUUGGAGGAUCGAGAAUAAUGAUAAGAAUUGGA